ACGUGAGAUCUGAAGAUAAUAAAGUGUAUACAGAUUUUACGCUAAAGAGAGAGACCCUUUUUUGAGAGCCAUCCAUUAGAUUAUAGUGAUAGAUAAUAGAUAGAUACAUCAUAUUAGAUGUACUACUACUACUACUAAUACUACAACUUCUAGCUAUCUACCUCUUAGCCCCCACUUCAAACACAUCCCACACAAAGAAAAACACCACCAAUUUAUCUUUCUUAUUAUAAUGGAAACUGGCCAUCAUCAUCAUGAUAAUAUUGGAAACUCCAUUCAAAGACUAAAUUUCCCCUUACAAUUGUUAGAAAAAAGAGAUGAAGUAGAUCAUACAACAACAAUAUGUUCAUCAUCAUUACAACUUCAUCCUUAUAAUCCUACUUCUUUACACAUGAUGACUACCUCAAGUAGUGAUGCACCUUGUGUUAAUCAUAACCAAAAAUCAAAAACUCAUCAAGACAAGAAACAACAACCACAACAAACAAAAAAACCAACAACAACAAAGGAUAGACAUACUAAGGUUGAUGGUCGCGGUCGAAGAAUUCGAAUGCCAGCAACAUGUGCAGCUAGGGUUUUUCAACUUACUAGAGAAUUAGGUCACAAAUCUGAUGGUGAAACCAUUGAAUGGCUAUUACAACAAGCUGAACCUGCUGUUAUUGCUGCUACUGGUACUGGUACUAUUCCAGCUAAUUAUUCAUCACUUAAUAUUUCUUUAAGAAGUUCUAGACAUCAUAGUGCUAGUAACUACCUAGCACAUAAUCAUAAUAAUUUCGGUCAUGUUUAUCAUGACCGAAAUUAUUUUAACGGGGUUGGUUUAUUUUCGUCAGAAAAUAAUUCAUUUUUCCCUAGUGGGAAUUUGAACAUGUUACAAGCAAAGGAGGAGUUAUGUGAUGAUCACGAUGAUAAUGAUAAUGAUAAUGAUAAUAAUACUGGACGGAUUAAGCGGAGGUCAGAAGAUCAAGAUUUAUUACAAAAUAAUUACCAUAUGAGUAAUAUGUUACAAUCUAGUACUUAUGGUUCAAUUCCAGCAAGUCAUCAAAUUGGGCAAAUUCCAGCAACAACAUUAUAUAUGAUGACAAAUAAUAAUAAUAAUAAUAAUAAUAAUUCUAGUCAUCAUCAUGACCUUAAUAAUUGUUCUAUGUGGGGAUCUUCUAGUAAUAAUAAUGAUAGUAUUGAGAAUUCAAAUAUUAGAGGAGGGAUAUUGAAUUUUAUGAAUUUUCAUCAACCAAUUUUGGGGACACGUGGCGAUGGCGGUGGGACGGCGGCGGAAGGGCAAUGGGGGAUGUUGACGGCGGCGAUGAAUUCGUAUAGACAAAGUGGUGGUCAUGCUAGUGGUUCUUCUAAUCAACGUAAUGAAGGAGAUGAUCAUCAACAUCAUUCUUGAAAAUAUUAGACGAAAAACUAUAUCCAGUUGAUAAUGCAGUUCCAUCUCCAUCUCCGGUUGAUAAUGUGGCUUCACCAACUCAUGCAGUUCCAUCCCCAUCCCCGGUUGAUGAUGUCGUUUCUCCAUCGCGUAUGCCUCCCUCUUGGGGCCCGGCUCCGGCUCCAACCACUUCUUGCAUCAAGGUGGACGGUUGUGCAUCAGAUUUGAUCACUUCCGUUUUCAAGUGUAGAAUUUCAUUAUCCACACAAUGCUGUCAAGUACUUUCUACAAUUUCAGAUGAUUGUUUUUACAGAGAGUACAUACACUCAAAGAGGGUACCAUUUUUCCUAGGCAAAGUGAAGAACUAUUGCAGUCAUCAUCAUGCCUGAAGCAGAUAUUUUCUUUCUUAUUUUUUUUUGGUCAUUUAGCUUAUUUAUAUAGGAUUUCCCUUUAAUAGGUUUUUAGGUGUUAGUUAGAUACUUGUAAUUAAAUUCUUUAAUUAGUUCAAUUGGAUCUUCCUCUUUAUUUUACUGUUUAAUUACUCUCUGUCUAUGCA